UGGGCUUAGUGGUAUGUAUGAAUGAGAGGGAGAGAGAAAAUCUGAACUGAAAAGACUUGUGGUAGAAUAGCUCUGCCGUCGCCAGGCAACUGACCUGACGCAACCAAAAAAAAAAAAGUCCCUUUAAAAAAAAAUAAAAAGAAUAGCACCGCGAAUUCACAGGAGCAUGGGAGAAAAAGGGAGGGAGCGAGAGGGAGAGGCAGCUACUGAGACAGUAACCAAGAGGCAAGGAAGCAAGUAAAGCCACACCACAAAUAACAAGUUGGGUGUAUGAAGGAAGAAGAGAGAAAAUAUGCCUCUGGAAUAUUAAACGGGACGGCCUCAUCUGUGUGUGUGUGUGUGCCCCCGGGCACUCUGAUGCGUGGAUGUGUGCAGAAGACGGAGGAGCAGGAGCUCACUGGCAUCUGAAGGACCUUGAUCCCUCCUCGGGGGGCCAGCAGCAACCCAGUUCCUGUGGCUCUUCUACACCAUCAUCCAGGCAAUGACCUCAAGAGCCUGGGGCUGAGGAGGAGGAAGGAGAGGAGGAAAGGAAUUGCACUGUGUUGCCAGCAAACCUCAAUGCUUUGGGGAACCAGGAGGUUGUAGGAUGGCUACACCCCAGAUCCACAUAGAAGAAGUGGUAGGUGGAGAAGGAGGGUACUUAGGGGCAACCCCUCCUCCUGAUGACCACCUUCUGAGCCUGAAGGUCCUCACAGAGAAACUGAGGCUGCAGACUCGGAGGCCUUCCUACCUGGAAUGGCAAGCCAAGCUGGAGGAGCAGACAUGGAAUUUCCCCAGGUCUACUGAUGAGCAGGAGGGGAAAGAACCAAGGAAAUCCAGAGAAGAGGAGUUGCCUCCCAUAAGGAAGCUGCAACAACAGCUACAUGAGAGUGACAUCCAGGACGAGCCUCCUCUGACUACUAGAAAGCUGGAUAGCUUUGAGAGUAUUGAUGAAGCUUUGCAUUGGCUAAGGAAAGAACUGGCAGAGAUGCGGUUGCAGGAUCAGCAGUUGGCCCGGCAGCUGAUGCGCCUCCGCAGUGACAUCAACAAGCUGAAGAUUGAGCAGACCUGCCACCUCCACCGGAGGAUGCUCAAUGAUGCCACCUAUGAGUUGGAGGAACGGGAUGAGCUGUCUGACCUCUUUUGUGACUCUCCCUUGGCCUCCUCCUUCAGCCUCUCCACCCCACUUAAGGUCAUCGGAGUGACCAAGAUGAACAUCAACACCCGCAGGUUCUCUCUCUGCUGAAGGAGAAUGAGAUGUGGGGGACACCAAAAGGGGAGUGGUGGCAGGGAGAUGCACAAGCUAAGAUGCCCAUCAGCAGUAUGACAAGUACCACGUGGAGGGAGAGAGGUUCCCAAGGAGGGCCAAGCUUCCCUUGGGAGCUUCCAGGUCCCGCCCAAUGGCUGGGGUGUGCUGGGGUGACUUGGAUCCACCAAAAAUGAGGAUCUAGCACUCUCAGGUAGAUGUUAAUGGAGUCAUGGAAGCCUUUGAGACUCCUUAUCCACUUAAUAUCUGAGUGAUCCUUCUAUAAAACGGUUUUACUAGUGAUAGUGCUGUAAGAGAUUGGUUCCUUCCAACCUCCUACUCUAGCCUCCCCUCCAUCUCAUGCCCAUGUGCCUGUGAACACAGAUCACUGGUGCUAUGACCAGGGCUCCCAAAGGGAGGAAAAAGUCCCCCUGCCCCAGGCACUGUGGCCCUGCCCUUACCCCCAAAGGAUAUCCAUGGGCAUCAGAUAUAACACACCCCCCAAAGUAUAGGGAGGUGAUCCUUGUGCUUGGUGUACCCAUCUCAGUGUCAGUGUCCCCUCAGUGUUCCCUAAACUGCUCUCCAUGUAUUCAAAUCAAAUCAAAUCAAUUUGAUAAGCAUUUAUUAAGAGUCUAUUGUGCUUGAGGUACUGUGCUAGGCACAUAGGAUACAAAGAGAAACAAAUCAUAAUGAUGUCUUCCCUCAAGGAGCAUGCAUUCUUCUGAGUGAGUGGCAGGGCUCCACCAGGCAGCAGCCACACUUUCACACAGACCCUCCUGAAAAGAGAGCCCCUAGAAGCAAUAUCUAGGAUCAUGUGUUCCUGGGUGCUGGAGUUACAACCCAAGGGUCAUAUCAUUUGGGCAAGCCAAGUCAAAAAUGUUGCCAAUUUUUGACUCGGGCUCUUGGGUGGCAGUUGGAAGAGUUCCAUUGUGUCAGGUAGUCUGGUGGGCCUUUUUCCAGUGUAACGAGUUAGGGACAAAUCCUGAACCUAGAUUUUACUAUCAUUGAGCAGAAAAUACCCAAAAGGACCUCUUAAGAGGCCCUGUACUGCUGCUCCUGCUUCUCUAUCUCCCCCCAACCCACACCAAUGCCCAAGGGAUCACUAUGUGGACUACAAUUGAUUGAACUAAUUUUCUUCCUAAGGGUGCCCACAGGCCAGAAGACGCCUCUUUGUUGAGCUUGAUAGUACCACCUCCCUAACCUUAUUUCCACUUUUACUGCCUUCCCACAAGACAAUCAAAAUCAGCUAUGCAUCCAACCAGUUUCUCCAUUCUGAUUGAAUUAAACAGCUAUUUAUAAUCACAGGUAACUGACUGAUUCUAUCCAAAGGGAGGAACUGAUUGGUGUGAUAGAGCACCAGACCUAGAAGAAAUACUUACUCUUUUCAUAGAGCCAUCUUCUCUGAGACUAUGAAGGCCAACAUGUGAGAGAACUCAGACUCAACAAAUAUGAAAAAAAAAACAACAUAACAUUAAAUGUCAAAAUGUCCCCAAGUCAGCAACAGUUGAAUUAUAAAAGCGUUAACUUCAGAAGUAGGAACGACCAAUGAUAUUUUCUCAUCCAAUGCCCUUAUUUUGAAGGCUCUGCACACAUGAUUUGUUCAAAGUUAUAAAGCUUCUUAGUAAUGUGUGAGUUUAGCCAUUAAUAUCUAUACAGGUUAUAUUUCUCUAGAUUCAGCUUCCAAGAGGAACUUCUAACUUUUAUCUUAACCCAAUCCUCAUACUGUGCAUUACAGCUCAGACGAUCUCUCAGCCCUGGCUCCUCCUCCAUAUACUCCUUUUGAGUUUGGAAUGUUUUGGCCAGCCCCAGAUAGUGUCUGGACAGUAGAGAGCACAUGGGUCGACAUUUCCACUCUGCAAGCACAAUAUCACACUACCAUUAAAAGGAGGGGGAGGAGGCUCCAUGGGGAUUGGUCAACACACUUUUAAGGGUUUUUAUUUUAUUUCCUAACUAAAGCCAUUUUCCCCCAAUCCAUGAGCACAACUCCAACAAAGACAAAAAACACCCACACCUUACAGAUAAGAACCUAGGCUAUAAAAAUGUCCUUUAUUGAAAAUGCACACAAUUAAUUCAAUAGAAUAUACAAGUAAGGGGAAGAACAAAGAAGAGAAGUAUGAAUCUUUUGGGGAGAAAUCACUGACUCAUAGCUGGUAAACAAUACAUUGAACUGCUUCUGGACUUUUCUAGAGGACCAAAGGACUUGACUUUUUCUGUCGCCUGAAGCAGGUAGCAGAAGGACAAGACAGUGAUCUUACCCAGAGCUUUGCUUUCCAGCUUCUGAUCUGAAAAUAAAAGGCAAUUUGUAGCCCAAGUACAGCCUUGGUGGGGAAGGCCUAAGAACAAGGGCUAGUACUGGACUGCUGCUUUAAAUGCAUUUUGUAGAAGCUGGAGACUAGCUUAAUAAUGACUCCAGUGGUUACCUAGAAACACCAGUGCUCUCUAAAGAGGCUCUCCUGAGCUUCUUGGAGAAAAAAGACCUUUACUGUAAUGGGGAAAUGCAGUGAUAGUAGGAACAGAAACCUACUUUAUUAUGGGAUAGAGAAGAUAUUCUCUUCUUCCAUGUAGACUGAAGCAUGUACAAAUGAUCUAUGGUCUCACACACAGAAACUAGACAACCAAGCUCUCACAAGUAUACUCACACACCUAAAAACAUAUAGUCAGCCAGAACAAUUUUAGACCUAUCGAAUGGGAAUUGACCAACUUGAAUUGCACUCCCAUUUUUAGCCCAAGUCCAUCAUCUGAGCAAUGAUAGUCCAAUAGAUAAGGUAAAAAUCAUCCCUUAAGACAGAUGGAAAAACAGGAUUUGACCUAUUAGUUGACUCAAUACAUUCACUUUUUAAUUCACAGUUAUUGAGUGAAUAGAACUAUCCUGGGCACAGAGAUAUUUAUCCUACACUGAUAAAUAUAAUAUGGAUGCCCCUCCCCCAAGAGUUUAUGGUCUAGUGGGAUAGAUAAGUAACCAAAUACCUGGUAUCAAGGGACAAGUGCUUAGAAGAGACUUAUAUAAAGCACUAUGGGACUUCAGAGAAAGACAACAGUUUCUCACAAUCCAUUUUCCAGGAGUGAUUCAUUUCAGAUAGUGGAGCAUUCCCAUGACAGUUUCUAUUUCAGUCAAGGUUUUGUGUUGAGAGAGUUCCUUUGUGGAUUGGUCCUGCCUCAGACAAAUUGUUACACAGAUAAGCUCCCCCUCCUUUCCCCUCCCCACCCUCCACUACACAAAUUUAAUUACUCAAGGUAGGCCUUAACCCUCUCUGCCAGUGGAGUCACAAGGUUUAUAAACUGGCCCAAUGUGUGUAUAUGUCUCCUGCUUGCAUUGUUUCCUUAAUCUGUCCAUCUCUUCCUGUGCCAAACAUCCCUUAGGUGUGACGUUCAGCAGACAUUCUGUUGUGUCUAAGUAACAUUGUCUAAUGGCUUCGUACCUAUAGUAGCCAAUCAUAGUGGCUCGGAGACCCUGAGCUAUCCUGACAAAGGUCUUCUCCAGUUUGGGAUCUCCUCCCAUGUAUCUCCUAGCAAUACCAAGUGCUAUUACAUAGCUGACAAUUUCUAAUUUUAUUUUUAUGAUUAUUUGUUUCUAUAUUGCUGUUAGAAAAAGCAAAAUAAAGAAAUAAAAAGGUGUGCAUUUUAGAAGA